CACAGCUGCUUUUGCAGCCCGCUCAAGAUACGCAUGCUGCAUUUGACCACCAACAUGGAAACUCAAGCUGACACACUUUUGUCCCUGAAGCUCGACGUCGACACUUCAGAGUAGUUGUUGUACUUCUGCAAACGACAAACUUGAUAUUCCUUCCCUGUCUGGAGAGAAGAGCUACAAGUUUUGCUCACGGGCGGCUGUAACGUUUCAUCAUGGAUCGCAUCAGCCUCGGCUGUCAGGUCUGCCUCAGCACAUUUUGCAAGGUGUGUCAUUUGAAACGACACAUGUCCUCACGUGCACAUCAACAGAAAUGCACUGACGUCUUCAAGCAAGAUAUUUACAAGGGUUCGGGCAACUUUCCAUUUAUUGCAUUGGUCAGACAGCGAGCCAAACAAGAAAUCAGACAACCCCUCACAGGCUUGACUUUGUGUUUCAGUCGAGAGACAGACAAAUUUUUUUACUUGUGCCAUCUCUGUGAGGAAAAGUGUCCAUCAGGCAGGAUUUUAUCCCACCUCACAUCGAUUGACCAUUGCAGAAACUACUCCAGCCACACAAACCCAAAUGUACUGAGGUUCUCCUGGAUCCCCAGCAACAAUGUGAAAGACAUUUUGAGGCCCCAGGUCGGACAUGGAGUAAAAGAAAGCAGUGGCGGACAACUACAGCUGUUGGACUUACCUGGAAAUCUGUUGAAAAAGCAUGAAACAAGUUCCUACUCUGAAGUGAUGCGCACUUUAAGUGAAAAUGAAACGCUUCUCAAGCUGCUUGAAGCUAUCAAGCCAAAGCGGGUGAUGAUGCAAACAUACCAAAGAGACAGCAACAGAGAACAUCCACUUCUUGGAAUGCAGCACCUUGUUGAAUGCAUUUGUGUCGGGCAAACGGAGAAGAGACACUACCUCUGCACUCUCUGCCAGCUAACUUUGGCCGCCCAUGCGAUCAUCAAACAUGUCCUGAGCUUUGACCACGUCUUCUGCUACUUUAGAGCGUGGCACCCGCAUACUUUGCUGGCAAAGGAAUCCUACAAGGCUUACUCGCCGGUCUUCGGCUCCACAAUGCUUAAUCUUGCAAAGCAGACAGAGCAAAUUCAUGGUACUGCAAACGCUGAUAUGAAGCAAGUGAGCCUGGAGCCUACCAAAUUCACAUCAGUGAAUUUCACUUGUUAUGCAGAUGCUUUGAAGGAACUGGAAUCUAUUAGAAAGGAAAACAAUGAGAGCAGCUUGAUUACAAGCGUAACACCAGGGAACAAGUUGGGGCUUCCUUCUGAACUGUACAAACUCCGCUGUCAGAACUGCAGUAUGAGCUUUAUGAACAUGUCUGACUAUUGCAAACAUUCAUCAAAGGACACACACAAAAAGAUGGUGAAGAAAAUCUUUAGGGGAGUUGCUGAACAUUCAGACCAACCAGAAUGGAAACCCAGUCUGGGCUUAUACAAGAGCCUCAUCGAGAGCUUGGGGCAAAAUCAGCCACUUGUUGGCGUUCCCCUGGUUGUGACGUGUGUCUGCACUCGGGUCCAGAAGGAACCUAUUUAUGUGUGCUUUGCUUGUCAGGACUGUUUCACUGACUCCUUGCUCAGACAGCACUUUGACUCUCAAAAACAUGUCAUACACACAUUGCUGUACCUGAAUCCCUGGAGGCUGACACUUGCGUGGGAGAAUCGUCUGGACGUGAAAGUCUUGAGGUCCAUGGCAUGGGAAGAGGAGAAGGAAAAACCAGAUGAGAUGAUGCUGAAGGUACUUGACAUGCCAAAUGAGAUGUUUCAGGGACUCCUCACAUGUAGUUACUCAAAAGUGAUGGAGAGUCUUGCACUACAACACAUUAUCUUAAAGCAUGACAUUCCAAAAUGUGAAACAUACAGUAAACUCGAAGACAACGAUAGAUUUCCUCUACUAGGUAGACAGUUCCUGGUCAUGCACGACUUUAGUGUCGCAGGGCAACAGCCCAUGGUGGGAUUCCUGUGUCUGCUCUGUAAGAGGAGGUUGUCAGAUGAUGAAUGUUACGCUCACGAGUUCAGUCGGAAACACAUUGCGACAUUUAUAGACAAUUUCCAUCCAGGCUCGCUGAAUUCAAACACCGAUGAAGAGACCUUCUUGGACUUGGCAAAAGUGGCAGCACGCUAUCACUCCAUAUCAAAUGUGCAGGUGAUAAAGUUGAACAAGCCAAUCAGGGAGCCAUGCACCUACUAUAUAGCAUUAAACAUCCUGACAUCUGCAAAUAUGAGAGAAAGGAAAGCAAACCUUGAUCCACCAAUACAUCCGGGAAUGAAGCUGGUCCCCAGACAAAAACUGAAAGAUGUGGAGAAGGCCCAUGUGAGAGACGAUGGUCAGAAAAACAGCAGGAUGAUGGAGGAGCGUUUGGAAACGACGAGUCAAAAAUCUACAGACAACAGUGAGACGACACUGAAGGAGACCGUAGAAGUUGGUGCUGAAGUCCCUGAUGCACGCUGUCUGAAAAGUGGAGAAAAUGCAGAAAGGGGGAACGACAAGGAGACUCCGACAUCAAGCGAAAAAGAAUCGGAGAAGAGAAGAGAGGCGUUUUCUAAAAUGAGUUCAGAGGAGAAAAAGCAAAGUGAGACACGCCAGGCGAUAAAGGAGAAGAUAGAAAAGCCUACAGCCAGCAAACCAAGUGGGGACGCUACAGAAAACUGCCAGAACACCGACGAAAACAAGAUUGGAAAAGAGAGGAGCAAAAGCCGCAAAGGUGUCUUGACGCUGAAGAGGGAAAUCUCACAGAUGGACACCUGUCCUGUGGAGGACGUAGGGCAAGAAAUAAAAAAGCAGCGGCUCACCUUCAAAGGAGCACCCCAAAACCUGCCGAGUAGCGGCCAAAAGGAGGUGACCACUCCUGACAAAGCGUCCUUUAAGGUGGACCAGCAACAAGCGGAUCAAUUGUGGCAGUAUGUCAAGAGGAAGAGCCGAGAGCCUGUGGUUGGCUUGGGUGCACUUCUCGAAUGCAGUUGUGAUGAGCAUGACCCCAUCUACCUCUGUGAGUGCUGCUCCCUGAAGAUCCCAGAGAAGGACAUCAUCAGCCAUGUUACCGGAGUGGACCACCAGAAGACGUAUCUGGUGGGCGUACAGAAACUUCCACCUCCACCAGGGAUGCACCAGGGGAAGACGAUCAGACAAUUUGCUGCUUUGUUUGAACAAGAAAAUGGAUAUGGAGAGGCUCAGGUUGUUGAACUGGAUGAUGCCAUUUACAAUAACAUCUCAAAACAAGACUUUGAUUCAGCCAUACAGACGGUGAAAGAACUUCAGGAUCAGCAGAACUGUGGCCAUGAACUCCCUUCAACCUCGGCUCUGUCUGGCGUUCAACCUGUGGACUCCUCAGUCACCCUUAAUGCUCAACAUGAGGUCUGUUUUAUGAAGGACAACUUCCAGGUGGUGAAGAUGGAGACUGAUGAUUCAGAAGACUCUGAGGCACAGUCAUCCUCAGUAACUACAUCAAUGUCUGUAAUGACUGAAACCACCUCCAAUGCAUCCAAAGUCCCCACUGAAUCAAAUGAAGCCCAUAUCAAAGCCUCAAAGUCACCUGAUCUGUCACUUAGUGAGGACAAAGCUGAAAUCAUUUCAAACACAACUGUGGGACCGUUAAAAAUAGCAACCACUUCCAAAGAGGUGGGGAGAUCUGAAACGGCAGCAACUUCCGACUCUACUGUAACCACAACCAUCUCCAAGUUUACAACCAAAUCUUCCAAUUCUACUCCAGACACCACCACAUCGACAGCACCUAUCUCUAAACUCAAAGCCGCCAACAACAAAUCGAGAGAAACUGCCAACAAAUGUACAGCAACUAUCCCCAUCUGCACUGCAACCACCUCCACCUCGAGUGCAACCGUCUCAAGGACAACCUCCACCAAAACAUCUGCAACGUUGCCCAAAACACUGGAAAGCAGAACUGGAGCUGCAGCUGACGUCAGAGCGGCUUCAUAUAAAGCUGCCACCCACUCGAAAACAGAAUCCACAGUGGGGUGUGAAACCGCCUGCAGAACUGCACCUGGCUUCAAAACGGAAAACGCAUCCAAAAGUUCUGAGAGUGCAUCCAAAACUGUGGUUGCAUCUCAAACUAUGGGGAGAUCUGUUGCCUCUGCUAAAAUGACUGACAGUCAAACAUCAGUUAGCUGUGAAAAUACUGGAGCCUCUGUUAAGACUGCACAUGUGAAGAGUUCAGUGAAGUCAACUGCUGAUGUUGCACCAAAUAUACCUAAGAGUAAGGCACCUGCAUCUCUCCACCUGACCAUGCCCCAAAAUCCACCUGCAGAGCCAUCACAAAUCUGCACAAGUGAGAAGAGGCCAAGUGUAAGCUCUCCUGAAGUUGGCUUAAACCAGCUGAUUAAAGUGUCCUGUGGACAAAGGAAACAAGUCUACUGUCGGCUGUGUUCAGUCAGGUUGCUAAAGUCCGACCACACAUGCAGCGCUGACCACCAGCUUAACUAUGUGAAAAUAAAGGACCCAAAAUGGACUUGCAAGGAGUCUGAGCUGGAGAGCAAAUUGCAUGAGAUGGUGACCCACCUGGCUGUGGUUGAGAGAAAUGUAGGAACCCCGUCCUUCCCGACGGUGAAAGUGACAAUUGAUGUGUACAAAGAGCUCGCUGAUCUCUCACCAGAAAAAGCUCUAGAAAGACUGAAAGCAAUGCUGGCAAGAGGCUUAGGGGCCUCUUCACCCUCCACAGCCAGUCCUGUAGAGGUUUUGAGACAGCAGGUUUCCGGGGCCAGUCCACUUGAAGCUUCAAGCCCAGACGAUGAAAUUGAAUCCAGUUCAAAAGAGUCGUUCGACAGAUCUCAGAGCGUGGAGAGUUCAGAGCCUGAAGCCGAUGACCAGAUUCUAGACCAGCUACAUUCGAUCUUGAAUAAGAAUGAGCCCGUCGCAAAUCCUCGCAUUCAAGACGCAGGCGUAGCAGCAGCCAAAAUGCAGAAACCUCAAACUCCCGAUGGAUGCAAAGAGACUCCUGAGUGGAGACCACAGCAGGAGAGAAGUCGCCCAGAGAUACAGGACACAUGGAAGGUGUUGGAAGGCUCUCAGAAAACAUCACCUGUACAGUUCUUUAACCCGGAACAGCUCUCUUCUGCUGCCACAGUGAAUACAGAACAACAGAAUCAACCAAGACACAGCCAGAAAGCAGAACCUGUGUCAAGACACUCGGAUGCACUUCCAAGGAUUUCAAUAGGGGAAAGUGCUGAGGGCAGCAGUAAUUUGUCCAGUUACUUGAAGGUGACGGGACACGACCGCAAACCAAUCAUAGGUAUGGGCUUUGUGUGGGAGUGUCGCUUUGUGUCGGAGGGUCCUGGGCCGAAUAGGAGCGCAUUCUACCUGUGUGAGAGCUGCAGCGUGAAGCUCAGAUGUGUUGACAUCUGUCAACACAUGAUCAGCGAUGAACACCAGUUCAACGUCAUUAUGAGUCAGCAACCUGAGCUUCUGUACUUCUGGCCAGAAAGUUAUGUGCUUCAUCCUCCAGAUGUCUAUCUAGAGUAUUGGAUGAAAUUGGAAAUACUAAAUGGCAUCGCCCAGAAGUUAUCUAUUGGGGAGCGUCGCUACAAGACGGAUGCGCAGAGUAUACUGCUGGGACUGGAGUUGUAUGAAAGUGUUUGGACUGCUUCCUUCAGUGAAGCUUUAGAAAUGGUUAAAAAAAUCAAGAGAGAGCAGAAACUGAGCGUCUCCUUUAAAACCAUCUGUACUCCACAACGAAAGGAGCAGCUGCCUGAGGGCCAACACAGUCCAGAGGAAUCUCUCUCUAUGGAGAUGCAGCCAGCACAGGCACUUGAGACGGACCGGAGAAGCGACAACGGACCAGGACAAACAACUGAGAUACAUCGUUUCCAAGAGACUGUUGGCGAUUUGGAUGGAGUCAAACCAAGAAGAGUUCUGAGUCCUCUGGGUGUGACCAGUGUCUCCUCAAAGGCUGAUUCUGUUGUCUCUCCAUGCUCCGGUGCUGCCACAUGUGUUGGUCACCAAGAGCAACCGGGUCCCAGACCCCCGGUCUCUCAGCACCAGAGGCCUAUCGCAGGGUUGCCAGUGAAACAGGCAGAGGUGCACUCAGAAUCCACAUCUACCUCUGUUGUUUGUCCUCAAACCACUCAAACCCUGUCAGUGUUUUCCAGAGAUCCAUGCCCUCCAGCCCAGAAAAGACCAGCUGUUGAAUCUAUUGAAACAUUGAUCAGAUCUUCCACCAAUAACCCCAACCUCAAGGAUCCCUUGCCAGACAAAUGCAAACGCACAUACAAUGAGCUGCAGCCCAUCUUUCAGCCAAGCCCCCAAUCAGUCUCUGAGUCCACUUCUGUGAACCCUGCUGCAACCUCCCUCCCCCUGUCUCUUCAGGACAAAGACACUGGACCUGGAUCUGAUGAACAAGACCUGCCCAUUGUGGACCAGAUGACAUUUGAUCACCUAAUGGCUCUAUACAGAGAGAGGAAGUCUGAGAUAAAUGUGUCCCCUUGCACCUCCGCUCCAGGUAAUGGUGAGACUACUACCUGCUGCGCUAACAGUUUGUCCGAAAGUGGGGUGCAGAGAAGAAGAUGGGAUCAAAGGUUUAUGCAGACUACAUCUAAAAUGGCCAUGAAUAACACUUACGCAUUGGAGAAGUUCAACUCUUUUCUUGAUAGCUCUACUUCAGCGAGGGGCGACCUUUUGUUCGGGGCGACUAAAGCCAAAGCAGUCGGUACCACAUUACCUUAUGCCAGCACCGCUGACCCCAGUGACCCACAACACCAGAGAAGUAUCGGCGCUCAGACCACCUUUGGAAACACUAGCCAGUCCAACCCUAGUCCCAUUAACGGUGCAGUCAUCAACAGUAACCCAGGUCACAUACUACAGCCACCAGGUAACACAGAGAACAACAGCACUUGGGCUCAUCAGUUGCCCAUUAACGCCAUCGUAACUGUCAGGUCAAAGCAGUUUAUAGGUGGCAAUAAUGAAGAGGACAUCACCGAGGUGAACAGGGGCAAUGUGGUCACUCACAGUUUAUCCUCUGUUGCAGAAAUAAGCCCCAGUGACACUUCAGAAAGGUAUGGUCAGUACAACCAAAUGGCUUAUGUCACCAAUGGACAGUCGAGUUAUUUUUCUUCUGAGGCUGUUGGAAGUUGCUCAACACCAGGCAACCCUCCUGUACACACUGGGAGUUCAUUUCAUAGUGAAGGGUACCCUACUAGGGGGCUCUACUUCGCAAGCCGGAUUCACCCGGAGCAGGAAACAACCCGCCAAAGUCUGCAAUCAUUUGCAACAAACAGUUUAGCACCUCAACUGCCCCCAGAAUGGGUGAUGCUGAGAUUGCAGCAGCAGCAGCUUUUCCUACAGCAGCAGCAGCUUUUCCUACAGCAGCAGCAGCAACUCAUACAGCAGCAACUCAUACAGCAGCGUAGCUCCUCAUGGACAAGUACCUCCAUGGCUGCUGGAAAUGGAAACACGACCAAUGAGGCGGCCUACGUAGGCACCAUGUCAUUCACAACUCCCGCCAACAUUUCACAAAAUUCGUUUUACGAUUACGAUUACCGACUCGCUCUAACGCAGAGCAGCAACAACAUAACACAGAACAAUCCUCAGGUUUACCACAACCCUCCAGGUAUUUACUAUCCCCCUGCCGCCAACACUCAAGUCAUGUCCCAGGCAUAUGCAAACUCCUUUUUUGCCUCUGGUGGAGGGUUUUCAACUGUAGCUCCCUCAAUGAUCAAUAGCUCUCCUCCAUGAAAAACUACCUGUUAACCAGGUAAAUAACAAGACCAAGUUAUCUCUGCAGUACACCUGUUAAAUACUGCUCUGUGUCUAGAAGACAUGAUUAAGUUUAGAUAUGUGGAGUCACUGAAGUGUGUGCGUGUGUUCAGUUCACACACAUUUAUUUUAAAUGAAGUUAAACUGAUAUUCUGUUGAAGUUGCAACAAGUUCAGGAUAUUUAAAAUAUUUCUUGCUUUACAUAUGAAGGAUGACUUUGUAAACCUUUUCAAAAAAGCUAGUGUAGCUCUUGUUUUAACAUUUCUAAUGUAACAUUUUCAGCAGACUGAUUUUUGAAGUUUUUUAUAUUCAUGUUUUGUUCAUUUUAAUAAAAUCCCUGUAAAACACAGUUGUGUUGAAUGUGAAAUAUAUUU